AUGGACGGGCUCAGCGACGCAAACCAUACGAACGGAACUGCCGAGAUGACCGAUACCACCAAAACAAUGGGCAAUCCCUACGAAACCAACCCAGAUCGAAUCCCUCGUGAUGACCCUUUCCUCGCGCAAAGUGCGCAAUAUGGCCGAUACACUCCACAGCCCGACGACUUCACCCCUCCCAACAAGCACUGGUACCAGUCCGACCCCGAAUCUAAUGCCUUCUGGCAGAGAGUUGCGGAGAGGUUUUGUACAUCAGAGAACUCGCUAAAUGUACCCGGGUCGAGGGAGGCAUUCGCUGCAGGCAGUGUAAUCAUCCGGGUCGACCGCGAGUCCGCCGAGGGCGCAGCUGCUGAGCGAUACUCGUGUGCGAAUGCGAACGAAUUAUCCGCAGCGCGAAAGGUCGAAGAGUCAUUGAGGGAGAUUGGAGUUGCGGUGCCGGUGAUAUACUUCUGCGGAACGAUUGAAGACAGGAAUGUGACGGUCGAAUCUCGAAUCCCUGGUGUUUCACUGGAUGUCGCAUGGCGAUAUCUCAGUUCGGAACAGAUUGAGAUCCUGAAAAAUCAAUGUCGCCAAAUUGUGCAGCACCUCACGACGAUCGAUCCUGCCCCCGAGGAAGCUUCGUACGUAUGCCGCGGCCUCAAUUCACAGACACCGCCAUCUACCGAGGACCAGGAGCGCAAAAUACUUCUUGCAACGCGGGUUUCGGAGGACGACCUUAGUCUCACACAUAACGAUCUUGUUCCGGCCAAUAUUAUUGUUAAAGAUGGUCGCAUUGUGGGCAUUGGUGGGUGGCGACAUAGCGGGUACUUUGGCCUCGAUCGGGCCAACAAGGUACACCGGCAGUUCAGGAACUUUGGUUCCCUCGAAAAUAGGACAGAUAUGGGUAUGACAUGGAUUGACCUUUAUGAUAAUGCCUAUGACCCGAGAAAAGGCCCUCUCUUGGUCCCCGUCCGAGACACGACACUUCCACUUGUGAAAACAGAGCCCACUACUUCGACACUGGACAAAUAUCCAGCCAGCGACGACUUGGAAACAAAGUCGGUAAGCCUGGACGGGGCAGGCGACUAUCUGACGUCGAAGAAGCUCGUCGGUCUGAAGGCGGGCAUUACAUCGCGUGCUUCUUCAACUGACCGGUCGUCUCCCGCGACAUCGGUCAAGCCGACCUCGAUCAAGAAAGGAGCGUCGGCAGCUACAAAAAAGGGCAUUGCAAAGAAGCCAGCUCCGAAAAAGCGCAAGGUGAAUGAGGCAGACGCCGACAGUAUCGACGGGCGCCGGUCAAACACCCCGGCGUCUCGCACAGGCAAGGGCCCUGGGAAAAAACAGGGCUCUGUAUCCAUAGCCGGAUCCCCCGCGCCCGAGGAUAAGAAGAAGCGCAAGAAGGAGCUGCCGGCGGAUGAAGACGACGAUGACGUUGAAGAUGAAAAUGAACUCUUUUGUAUCUGCCGGCGACCGGAUAAUCAUACAUGGAUGAUUGGGUGCGAUGGGGAAUGCGAAGAUUGGUUCCAUGGCAAGUGUGUUAACAUCGAUCCACGAGAUGCAAGCUUGAUCGAUAAGUACAUAUGUCCGAAUUGCAGUAAGCGCGAUGGCGGCUUCACAACAUGGAAACCAAUGUGCCGCCUCCCCGAGUGCCGCAAGCCGGCUCGCGUCACUCGCAAAACCCCAAGCAAGUAUUGCUCCGAUGAGCACGGGCGAGAAUUCAUGCUCCGCCAAACCCGCCAGCUCAAGCUAGGACCUUCUCGAAAAGGCACCGAAGACUUGGGCAGCAGGGGCGGUAUCCUCACGCCAGGAGAUCUUAAAGCCGCGAUUUUGGGAGUGAAAUCAGUGGGAGAAUUCCGGAAACUGGGCAACCAGAUUAUCUCCACGCCUCCUGAAAGCACCCGUGCUAGCCCAUCGUCUGACGUCAAGAAUGAGACCCAAACAUCGGAUGCCGAUAAGCUAUUUGAUGUCCAUGCUGGUGAUGUGGAAUAUUCCGCCGACGAGGCAGCGAAGAUUGAAAAACUUCGGCAGCGACGCGAUGACCUUCUUCACCGAAAGGAGAUGCUUGCCGCUCGUUCUACAUUCGUCGGGCUCGUGCGCCAGCGAUCCAAAGCCGUCGUGGAAAAACUCAAGCAGAAUGAGCCAAAGGGCGGAUGGAAAGAUAUCUGUGGUUUCGAUUCAAGGCUUGCAUGGGCUGACGAGGAAUUCGACGAGUGGCGCCUCUCCGAAGCUGGCAAGAAGGCGCUCAAGGAGGGUACUCCCGAGGCCAUGGCAGCGAGCUACCCGACCACGACCGACGCGGAUGGUGACGUCGCGAUGGACGGUGAUGAAAAAGGAGAUGCGAUUUCCUUGCUUACGCGUGGUAUCUGUAUCAAGAAACGCUGCGAGAGGCACAAGCAAUGGGUGAAGGUGCAGCAGCAGGACAUCGUCUUCGAAGAGAACGCGGCAGAACAGGAUCUCAGGAAAUCCGAGCAAGAAGCACGUUCCGUCGCAGAGAGGGCUGUGCUCAGGAAAUGGGCCGAAAAGGAGAGCGUCCCCUCCGUUGCCUAA